AAGUAGCAGUAUGUUGUGAGGUUUUUCCCAAAGGUUUCAUAAUUUAAAAAAAUAAUGCAUUGCAACAUCUUUAUUUGAAAGAAAGCCGUGAUAACUGCAUUUCUAAAGAUAAUGCAGGGAGCGAGAGCCAGUGAAACUCAUGUGACGACGUACUUGAACAUCUAGAGAGAACCAUUCAACAAACCCAGCACGAUUUCUAGAAAUCCCCGUCUGGUCUGUACAGUCUGUGAGGUCAGCAGGGGUCAGCAGGGGUCAGCAGGGGUCGCGGGUCAAACACAAUCACCUUCCAUUGUUCCACAGUAAAGGUCUAUUCCAGUGGUGAUCCAGCAGGAACGCUCCAGAAUCCCAGCUCUCGGAUCAGCUUUAGAGAGGAAAACCACUGCGGCACACAGGAAGCUGUCCGUGGCUCACUCCUGUGACUUCCUGUGCACGAGUAACAGACGCCACUGAACGCACAAAUCACUCCUCAGAUCAAACGCGAGCCCAACAGGAUGGCGCAGGCCGUGGCCAACGUCGCACGCAGGAUCAACGCCACCAUGGAGGAGCAGAGGGACUCGCUGGAUCUGUCCGACUGUGGCCUCGUUAGUUUCCCUGACGGCGUCUUCAAGAUGAUCCGCAGCCGCACAGACAACAUCCAGAAAAUCUCUCUGGCCAACAACCAGAUCAAAGCCUUGAGCAACAAGUUCUUCCUCACGUUUACUCAGUUAAGAGAGGUGGAUCUGCAGGGUAACGUCCUCACAACACUGCCGGAGGCGGUUGGAAACAUGCAGCACUUGAUCAGCAUCGAUGUCUCCAGAAACAAGCUGAGGGUUUUCCCCGAGCGCCUGACGGAUGUGAGCAGCCUCCAGCACAUCAGCGUGGAGGGGAACCAGAUCACAGAGCUGCCGAUGGAGAAGCUGUCUCUGAUGCCUGCUCUGAAGAGUGUGGAUGUGCGGAGUAACCCGCUGACGCCGGAGGCCGCGUCUUUCCCGCAUCUCUUCACGCUCCUGACAUGAGUAAACACAUGGUAAAGAACAUGAGGAACGGGGCUUCCGUCUCUCUCUGAUGCUGCUGUUUCAUUUCCAUGCACUGAACCGCAUGCUGUGCCUCCGAAUAUUUCAAUAAAAAUAUUUAUUCAAUCCUGCAAA